UAACAGUAAAAUACGUUAUAUUGUGUCUAUCAGUCAGUAGGUUGGCCUUGACGCUAACGUUAUAGCUACCAAGGGGUCAUGAAAAAUAUAAUUCCUAGUUAGUUGGGUUAUGAACUAAGCUCCCGAAUGGCUAAUGGGUAGCUAGCUAGCUUUCUGCAUUGGCUGAUUCAGAUACUUUAGGGUAGCAGUAUACAUAUAUAUCUAUGGAGUAUCAUUGCAGAUGUUUAUUCUGAUCAUUUCUCAGGAUUCGUAAAGCUUCCGGUCUCAUGAGGUUGAGGACUCCAAAUACAUAUCUAAAGAAAUGAGUCCAACCUAGUUACGGCUCCAUCUCUGAGUAGGAGCGUUAUUAUGAUUGCCUGUGACAUUAGAGCGGUGCACGGCGUCUUCCUCUGAAGGAUGUUAUCAGGACCUACUCUUAAUUUAUUGAAGUGUGACUCAAAAUGCUGGAAAUGUGUGAAGAGACCAACCAAAGCAKUUGUGAUUUUUCUUCCAGAUGAAUGUUAUUUAGUCAGUGGGUCACCACCAGUGUGCCAAAAAGUAAUUCUCCAGAUAAAGCAAGGAUUACUUUUUAGCAAGAACUGCACAGCAAAGCAGCCCAGUCUGGAGCACGAACAUGCACAGCCUCCCUUGAGAUACACUAAGGACUAUACACCAGAAAGUGAAGAGGACUGUCUUCAAUUGACUCAUUAACUUUUCAUCCUCAAUGGAAGUGCCGUUGUAGAUACGUGAACGGGUGGCUACAACUGGACCGUCUGGAGCUCCAGCCUUAGAGGAAACCUUGCAACCCUGGGUUGGCUGCUCUGAGGGGGACAAUGGGUUCCCAAGCUCUUCAGAUACUGCGGCAGGGGGUAUGGGCUUCGCUCACAGGAGGCUGGUAUGUGGACCCCCAUCAGAGCACGUUCUCCAACUGCUUCCACCUGUACCUCUGGAUCUUUCUCCUGGCCUUCCCUUUCCUACUCUACAUGUCUYUCCCCCCCAGCCUGGUCGUGGCAGGUGUGUACUGUGCUGUGGUGGCAGCCUUCUUCACAGCCAUAAAGGCAGUGAACUUUCGCCUCCAUGCCAUGUUCGACCUGGGGGAGAUAGUGGAGAAGAGGCAGGCCUCGCUCAUAACCGACGCCCCACGGCUAGAAGAGGGGGAUGAUGGGUCCGGAGGCCACGACGGGAAUCAGCACGGGGACAGCAAUGUUGGUGUGGAGAUGACUGUGUUCAGGAAGGUCAACUCAACACCUCCAGUUCGCUGCAGCUCCCAGCACUCUCUGUUUGGACUCAACCAGGUGUCGGAGUUUUUGCCUCAGCUUGAAGACAGUGGAGGCUCCAAGGAUAUCAAGGAUCUGAUGCGAGAGCAAGGCAGCAACAACUUGAUUGUCACUUCAGCACACCGGGAGAUUCUCCGCCACAGCUCCCAGGACCCGAUCCGUAAGCAUAGCGUUACACUGGAAAUAGACCUAGAAUCUUUUGUCCAUGUGCAAAAUGAUGUUGCCAAUGUUGCCAACAUGGUCCAGUCCUGCUUGGCUGCUGCUCUAGGAGGAGAGUUCCCGGGUCUAAGGGGAGUGGGAGCAGGGAUGUCAGGGGGAUUUGGUAGCUUACAACCUGGGGAGUGCAUCUCCAUCCCCCCCUCCCCUUCCAGUCAGGAAGACGGAGGAGAGAAGGGCCAGUUGGAAGAGAUUGAGGGGAUGCUGGAGCAGCUGUCCCAGCAGAGUCCUGAUGAGGAUGUGAUCGUGAUGGGGGCCUACUCCCCUCUGGGCCCCUCUGCUGAGUCGGGGAGCCUGGGGGACACUCCCAUCAGCCCUCUCAUAAAGAGCAGUCUGAGUGAGGAGCUGAGUGAGAACCUGUUGGGGCUGGGCCUUGACCCCGUGGCCUUCGCCCCAGGAACAGAGCACCCAGGCAGCCGCAGUGGGGUGGCCAUGGCCGCUGGCUCCACAGACAGCUGCUUCAGUGGGGGCGGGGCAGCCACGGACCGCGAGACCCUCAGCACCGUCAGCAGCUACCGCAGUGAGAAGACUGACUCCACCCAGCUGGAGAGCCCUUCACUCAGCCUGCCACGGAACAUAGACGCAGGGACACCGACCUCUGCCCCAGCCCCGGGCACCAGUACCCUAGAGCCAGCAGAGGAGCUAGUGCUGCAGGGGGGAAGUGAUACUGACGACCUGUCGGACAGCGAACUGCUGCGCUCCCCCGCCAAAGAGUGCUCUCUGGGCCAGGAGCUUGAUAGGACACUAGUGGAAGGGGAAGAUUUGCCACAUGUCCCCUCAGAUAUUGCACAGCCCCCCUCCCUCCAGGACUCAUCUCCCUCCAGUAGUGGGCACUCCGAGGCCUGUGAUCUGGACAGGAGGGUUCCCCCCCUCCCCCCUCCGAGGCAGGCCAGCUCGGUGCCGUCAGGGCUGGCCCUGGGUCUAGUGUGUUCUGAGCCUGCGUUGCCCGUCUCCUCCACCCCAUUCCUGCACUCUGAGCAGUCCUCUCUGCAGGCCCAGCAGGUGGUGCGCCCCAAAGACUUGAAGCUGCUGCGGACCGGUGGCAGUAGUGUGGGCCACCGGCCUGGCCGCAGGAAAGCCCCUCGUAAGCGAGGUGGAGCGGGAAGCAGCAGCUUUGACUGCAGCUCCUACAGGCGGCACCACGGGCAGCACAGAGACUACAUCCCAGUGCGCAGCCGGCUGGGGGCUAAGGCCUACAGCGAGAGCCUGUUUGAGGACUCCAGUGACGAGGACGACGGCAGUGACAUGAGCGCCGGCUCAAGUCUGGGCUCCCAGAGACGCUACAGCUCUGACGACGACGAUGACGAUUCGAGCUCCUCUACCUCCUGCUACUCCCCUGACCUCGCUAACGCUGGCAUUACGAACCCGCCCCCCUCCUCCACCCAGCUGCCCAACCCCAGGGAAGGAGAGUUGUCUGAGACGGCUGGCCCAUCCCACUCCCAAAGGGCUCAGAGGUCAGCUAGCACGGCUAGUGCUAAGACUCACGCCAGGGUGCUCAGUAUGGACGGGGCCGGUGGGGGCCACACUAACACUGUGGCCCUACCCUCCACCAUGCUGACCUCCUCCACCCCCGCUCCCCGAACCCUCACCGUCUCCAAGUCAGACCUGGAGGCCCGGACUAGCCAUACAGACGGCUUCCCUGGAACUCACCACCAUCGCCUGGACUCUCUGGGAGGCUCCUGGGCUGGCAACCAGACGGGCUGGAGGGCAGGGGAACUGGUGGAGGAGGGAGCUGUGGGGGGAGCUCUGGCCCCAGAGGAGGGGGGCAAGCGGGACUCGGUGAGCAGUGUGAAGAGGACCCAGGCCAUCCGCAGGCGACACAACGCGGGGAGCAACCCCACACCACCCCCCUCUACCAUGGGCUCCCCACCCAGUCUCCAGGACCUCCAGCGUGCCCGUACCUCCUCACACUCACGGACCCGGACCCUGCCCUCUGCCUUACAGUUCGCCACCUCACUACUGCUGCCCCGCGGGGGGGUCCACGAGGCCUCUACCUUCGACGACACCACAGAGGGGGCUGUGCACUACUUUUAUGACGAGGGUGGAGUGAAGAGAUCGUACACGUUUGGACCUGCUGGAGGCGGUUAUGAGGACCCAGUGGCGGAGCGGGAACGACAGUCCCAAUCCUCCAGCUUCACUUCCACUGAUGUCCAGGAGGGGGCCCCGGUGCUUACCAUGCUCCAGCCUAGGCCCGUGGUUCUGCAGGGCAUGCAGGUACGCAGGGUGCCCCUGGAGAUGUCAGAGAUGCCAGAGUUUGACCUGGACCAUGAGUCUCUGCAUGAGUCCCACGAGAACACGCUGAUGAUCGAGGAGAAGGCCAAGCCCAAACAGUACUACCGUUUCUGGGUGCUGCCAGGGAAGUGGCUGAGGGUACGCUACGACCGCCUGGCCCUGCUGGCGCUACUGGACAGGAACCGUGGUGUAGGGGAGAAUGUGUUUGCUGUGGUGCUGGCCAGCAUGGUGGCCUUCCUGGGGUUCCUGCUCCUCUUGCAGGGCUUCUUCAGGGACAUCUGGGUCUUYCAGUUCUGCCUGGUCAUCGCCAGCUGUCAGUACUCACUACUGAAGAGUGUUCAACCAGAUGCAGCCUCCCCAAUGCAUGGCCAUAACUGGGUCAUCGUGUACAGUCGGCCCGUCUACUUCUGCCUGUGCUGUGCUCUCAUCUGGGUGUUAGACUUGGCAGGGCGCUCAGGCCACCUGCAGCCCUUCUCACUCUACGGCGUCACCUUCUUCUCCGCUCACUUCCUGCUCUGUGCCAGGGACGUGCUCAUAGUGUUUGCCUUGUGUUUCCCCGUCAUUUUCCUUUUUGGGCUUCUACCUCAGGUCAAUACCUUCCUCAUGUGUCUGCUGGAGCAGGUCGACAUGCACAUUUUUGGGGGAACAGCCACCACCAGCCCCCUGUCGUCUCUUUACAGCCUGUUACGCAGUGUGUUGGUGGCUGCGUUGCUCUAUGGAUUCUGCCUUGGGGCUAUCAAUGCGCCCUGGGAACACCCCCAUGUGCCAGUACUGUUUUCAGUGUUCUGCGGCCUGCUCCUGGCCCUCUCCUACCACCUGAGCCGCCAAAGCAGUGACCCUGUCAUCCUGUGGUCUCUGGUCCGCUCUAAGUUCUUUCCCGAGCUGGAGAGCCGGACCCCUGAGGAGCCUCCUCUGGAGAUCAAAGACCCCCUGCCUGAGAAGCUACGCGACUCUGUGAGAGAGAUUUUCCACUCGGAUCUGGUCAUGUUUCCCCUCAUGGCUGUCAUCACGUUUGCCAUCAGUGCCAGCACCGUGUUCAUCGCUCUGCAGCCUGCUCUUAGUUAUAUCUUGUACAUGGUGGCCGGGGUGGUGGGCUUCCUCACACACUACCUGUUGCCUCAGCUCCGCAAGCAGCUGCCCUGGUUCUGCCUGGCCCACCCCGUGCUCCGUUCUCGAGAGUACAGCCAGUUCGAGGUCCGCGAUGCCGCCCAGUUGAUGUGGUUCGAGAAGCUGUAUGCGUGGCUGCAGUGUGUGGAGAAGUAUGUCAUCUAUCCGGCUGUAGUGCUCAACUCCCUCACUACAGAGGCGCAGCGCGUCAGCCUGAAACCCAAGGAGCUUGACAUCUACGGCCGUGCUCUCUUCAUCUCUCUGGCGGGGAUGAAGCUGCUGCGUUCGUCGUUCUGCGCCCCGUCUCUGCAGUACGUCACGCUGUCCUUCACCGCCCUCUUCUUCCUCUUCGACUACCCACACUUCUCAGAGACCUUCCUGCUCGACUACUUCUUCAUGUCCAUCCUCUUCAGCAAGCUCUGGGACCUGCUCUACAAGCUGCGUUUUGUCCUCACCUACAUCGCUCCCUGGCAGAUCACCUGGGGCUCUGCCUUCCACGCCUUCGCCCAGCCCUUCGCUGUGCCCCACUCAGCCAUGCUGUUUGUCCAGGCCGUGUUCUCUGCUCUCUUCUCUACCCCUCUUAACCCUGUCCUGGGCAGUGCUGUGUUCGUCACCUCCUACACCAGGCCCGUCAAGUUCUGGGAGAGAGACUACAACACCAAGAGGGUUGAUCACUCCAACACGCGACUGGCCACCCAGCUGGACCGCAACCCAGGUGCUGACGACAACAACCUGAACUCYAUCUUCUAUGAGCACCUGACGCGCUCUCUGCAGCACAGCCUGUGUGGUGAUCUGCUGCUGGGCCGCUGGGGAAACUACACCACAGGAGACUGCUUCAUCCUGGCCUCCGACUACCUCAACGCCCUGGUGCACGUCAUCGAGAUCGGCAACGGCCUGGUCACCUUCCAGCUGAGGGGGCUGGAGUUCAGGGGUACCUACUGCCAGCAGCGGGAGGUGGAGGCCAUCACCGAAGGGGUGGAGGAGGACGAGGGCUGCUGCUGCUGUGAGCCAGGCCACCUGCCCCACAUGCUCUCCUUCAACGCGGCGUUCGGCCAGCGCUGGCUGGCCUGGGAGGUGGCCGCCACCAAGUACGUCCUGGAGGGCUACAGCAUCAGCGACAACAACGCCGCCUCCAUGCUGCAGGUGUUCGACCUGCGCAAGAUCCUCAUUACCUACUACGUCAAGAGCAUCAUCUUCUACGUGAGUCGCUCUCCUAAACUGGAGGAGUGGCUGGCCAAUGAGACGGUCCAGGAGGCGCUGCGGCCCUGCCUGGGCCCGGCCUACGUGGACAGUGACCCGACCUUCAACCUGAACAUAGACGAGGACUACGACCACAGGGCCUCUGGCGUCACCCCCACUGCCUUCUGUAUGGUCUACCUGGACUGGAUCCAGUACUGCAACAGCAGACGCCCGACGCCAGUGGAGGACAGCGAGAGGGAUUCUCCGCUGAUCACCCUGUGUUUUGGCCUCUGCAUCCUGGGGAGACGGGCUCUGGGCACAGCCUCCCACAGCAUGUCAGCCAGCUUGGAGCCUUUCCUGUACGGCCUCCACGCCCUCUUCAAGGGGGACUUCCGCAUCACCUCUCCCAGGGACGAGUGGGUGUUUGCUGACAUGGACCUGUUGAACAGGGUGGUGGCCCCCGGGGUGCGCAUGUCCCUCAAACUGCACCAGGACCACUUCACGUCCCCAGACGAGUACGAGGACCCGGUGGUUCUGUACGACGCCAUCACUGCCAACGAGGAGAAGAUGCUGAUCAGCCACGAGGGCGACCCGGUGUGGCGCAGCGCCAUCCUGGCCAACAUGCCGUCGCUGCUGGCCCUGCGCCACGUCAUGGACGACGGCAGCGACGAGUACAAGAUCAUCAUGCUCAACAAGCGGUUCCUCAGCUUCAGGGUCAUCAAGGUGAACAGGGAGUGUGUGCGUGGCCUGUGGGCGGGCCAGCAGCAGGAGCUGGUGUUCCUGCGGAACCGGAACCCGGAGCGUGGCAGCAUACAGAACGCCAAGCAGGCCCUGAGGAACAUGAUCAACUCGUCAUGUGACCAGCCCAUCGGCUACCCCAUCUACGUGUCGCCCCUCACCACCUCCUACGCAGGGGGGCACACCCAGCUCCGCUCUGUCUGGGGGGGGCCUGUCAGCCCCCAUAACAUCUACACCUGGCUCAUCAGCAGCUGGGACAGGUUACAGAAGGGUUGUGGGGCUGGCUGCAACAGUGGAGGGAACAUCGAGGACUCUGACUGCGGCGGCGGCUCCACCUCCAUCUCCAACAACCCAGCGGCUCACACCACCCAGAGCACCCCGGCCUCCAGCUUGCCCCUGCCCCAGCCCCAUUUCACCUCCAUCCACCCCCCCAUGGGAACUGACAACCCCGUGGGUCCCACCCCCACCUGGCCCCACCACCCUCAGCCCCUCCCCUUGGCCCUGCUCAGCCAGUCAGAGGGCAGGAUGGACGCUGGGCUGGUCACCUCCCUCCACCGGACCUCGUCCAUCCAGGGCCUCCUGGGCCAGCACCUGUCCAGCUCCCAGCUGUCCUUCAGUAGCUCUGUGGCCAUGCCUUCCCUGCCCGGCCCGGAGCGCUUCUGCCCAGGCAGCUUCCAGGAGGGGGUGCACAGAGGGUCCGGACGGACAGGACAUGGCCUGGGGCAGGGCAGCGGGCUGCCCUAUGAGGGCCUCUACGGGAAGUGGAGCCUGUCUGGCAGAAAGGGCUUCAACGGGCCUGCCUCCGCUGAGAGCGACAGCGGAGGGUCUCCGUGCAUACGGACACAGUCUACUCCACCUGCAGCUCCGCCUGAGGCCAGCCCAACCCAGGACCCACUGGGCGUUACCCAGUCCGCUGAGACCACGACCCUCACUGCAGGGCAGCCCCCCAGCCCCGCCCCCCGGGAGGAGUCCACAGAGCUGCCUUUACUUGAGCAUCUGGACUGAGUCUGCACUGGAGAACACAUGAGAACCCCUGCAGCCAAAGCACACCACCACCAUGGCCAGUUCUAGAGCGGGCCUAACCGGCUCAAACUGGACUCAUUCCAGCUUCCCGGAGUCAUUCCAAAGAGAACUGGACUCUGAGGUUCGCUACAUCUCUGGCAGAUCACAACCUCUCAACAUGUUCAUUUGUAAAUGUUUUCCAGCCUUUGCAAUACUGGAUGGAUCUGGGAGGUCUAAGUACAUUCAUAUGCUCCUCAUCGAGCCACCGUAAGGAUGCAUGUAAAAACAAAAUGUAUGCACCGACCCCCCCCCCCCCCCCCCCCCUCUCCAAAAAAACAAACAUCCGCCGUGUCCCCUCCUAGGACUUGAAACAGGAGCUCUCGCCCGAUACACCCUCAGAGUUUCUGUGGACAACCUUUUGGCCAUGGCUAUGGUAACUCUAGCAGGCCAAAAAGCCAGUGCAAUUGUAAGGGAUGUUGUGUAAUGUUUAGUUAGUUUUUGGAAAUUCUAUGUAGGGGAAGGGGGAAAAACCCCUCGUUUCUCCUCUCCUUCACCUGAGAUCCACCAGCAGCAGCAACAGCAUAACGAAUCCAAAAAGGGAAUGCCAAUAUCCUGUUGCUGUAUGUACAGGUGAAGAGUUACUACCAUAACAAGCCUUGUUCUUUACCCCCACUCCCCAUUCCUGCUCCAACCUGCUGCUUCACUGUAGAAAGAAUUCACUGUGGGGAAAUCCACUGUGAAACUGCAUGGGUCACAUCAUAUGACCAGUCAAUAUCAACACCCCACCUCCCCCAGCAUACCACCCACAUUCCAACAGCCCCUCCCUGUAGAAACACCCUCAUGCUCAUUCAGGUGUUUCUGACGCAUCAACAAUCUCAAGCGUUCUGUCAAGGAGCUUGUUUCAGGGAUAAGACUCCCGCCUACUCCCACCUUUUCCAACAUGUGGUGCUUUUUCCCGGCAGAGUUUACAAUCCAGUCCGGCCUGGACACGAGCUCUGAAUUUGGGGAGGUCUAGGGAGAUGUGACUCUGGACAGAGAUGGUGCCCAUUGUACAGGACGGGAGGAGAUUGUUCAGACCACACGAUUCUAAACUGGGAUUGUUCUUUCUAAAGCCUUUUAGAUUUUUUGUUUCCUAUUUUCGGGGUGAGUGGAAUGUCUUUUUUUUUUUUUUU